UUGUGAACUAAACACCAAUGACAACAGACAAAACUGACACCCACCCACCCUCUCAGUCACUCGGGUCAGGCUACAGGCCCCUCCACCCACGGCAAGCCCCAGUGUCAGGGCGCCCACAUGGGUCGAAGUACCAAGUCUCGCCUCUCAUCUUUCUGACUUCCUACCCUGAGGAGACAGGCACAGCAGGAGUCACCCCCUCCCCUCCCAGAGGGUCCUUCAGGACAGGGGUAGCAGCCAUGUCGCAGUUCUCCACCAUGACAACCAGGGAGAGGAAAAUGCAGGCGGCAGCGAUCUGCAGGGAGGUUCAAGCCCAGGAAGAUAUACAGAUGGAUCUUGGGAAGAAAGUUAGCGUGCCUAGAGACAUCAUGCUGGAGGAACUGUCGUUUGCCUCAAACCGCGGUGCCCGUCUCUUCAAAAUGCGCCAGAGACGCUCAGAAAAAUACACUUUUGAGAGCACCCAGAAUGAAAACAACAAGCAGCUCGAUACAACAAUGGUUUCUCAAACUGAGAAUGGGAAUGCCACCGACGGCCACAGUGGUGAGAACAACUUGAGCGUCGACCAACCACCUAAAGUGCCAUCUGACACGCCAGAGACAAGAAUGAUGCCAAAUCCGGACAGCAUUGCCCCUGGAUACAGAGGUCCUUUGACAGAUAUCCCUCCAGAAAAAUUCAACAGCACAGCCGUGCCAAAGUCCUACCACUCACCGUGGGAGCAGGCCAUCAUCAAUGACCCGGCUUUGGCUGACACACUCAUCACCUGCAUGCCCGGACCGCAGCCCCAACCAGAAAUGCCAGGCUACAAAAGUUUCAACAGGGUGGCAACCCCGUUCGGUGGCUUCAGCAAUGCACCGAGACCUGCUCCCAUCAAGACCGUCCCGGUGGAACCCCUCCCUGACUACCCUGAGCUCCAGGGAAAUGCAGCGCCUGACCGACCCUCCUUUAACAGAUCUGCUCUGGGGUGGACUUCGAUGGGCAGUCCGGCCCCCCUCCCUACUGUUUGCCUUGAGCCUGUGCUCAUCCCUGAGUCAGACGACCUUUGAACCCGUAAUCAGGUCACAGAGAGAUGCUGUCUACUGUGCUGUUGCUGCACCAGAGGUUAUGGUUAGCCGGGUAACGUUUCUGUUAGAACAGAGUCAGGGUGAGAGAAAGCAUCCUGUUGGCCAUUAGUGAUUCAGGUUACCACUUAUGUGACACUGUUGGUUUUCCAGGGAUGUUAAUGCUUUUACACUGCAUUCAGAAAUAAAUUAAUAAUCCUGUCCAGGCAGCAGAAAGUCCACAGAAAAAAAUUAAAUUUGUUGUAUAUUAAUGUGCAUAAGAGUAUUUUGCCUUGCAGAUACAGGUUUUUGCUCAAUAAAACGGCAUGGAAUUCAGUAA